AUACAAAAAUAAACAUCAAAUAAAUUAAAAUUGAUGUGCAUAUGGAACGUACAUCUGUCGAUCGGCGGGUAGUUUGAGAAAACUUGUCUCCUGUAACAAGACAAUGUGCUAAAUGGCCUCUGAAUUUUAUUUCGAAGUAUAAAAUUUCAAGAUCGGUCAUAUUGUAGCACAAAUGCAGUUCCCUAUAUGUUUGAAAUCACUUAACAUGAGAUUUAGCUCGCGCCUUGUGUCCUCUGCGGCCGCAGUGGCUUUAACGUGUGUAGUGUCAGCCGCUGCUUACUAUUACAAGAGCCGUAAGACUGAGAUCAAUGAAGUGAUGAUAUUCUGCAAGUUGCAGUUCAAUGUGUUCAACUUUUUCGACAAGCUGAUAAGUUUUAUUGAGGCAGCGAAACGCAGUGUAAAUGUGUGCAUGCCUAGUAUUCACAACCCUGCCAUCCAGGCGAGGCUUGUCGAACUCAUUCAGAGGAAGAACAUCAAAGUCCGUAUCAUCAUUGACGGAGCUGGCUACAAUGCUUCUACUGCCAGUUUCUUGAAAGAACUAUCAGACGCUGGAGCCGAGAUCAAAUGGAAAGUGAGCGAGUACCGCAUGCAGCAGAAGUACUGCCUGGUGGACGACGAGGUGCUGAUGGCCGGCACACUGGACUGGGGCAACGACCUGUCCUUCGACCACUGGAACUACGUCUAUGUGACCAGUAAGAAUCAGCUGGUGGAGCCGGUUAAAAGGGCAUUCAGCAACAUGUGGAGUGAAUGCCAGACCAGUCUGCGGGACGCCCUGAAUGCCCCCUCCGCCCCUCGCGACCCCGAGUCCACAGACACGGCAGACUCUGAAGACAUGCAGGACCAAGAAGACAACUUGUCGGAUAACUAUGAAAUGGUCGAACAACACCUAGACCCUGAGCGGCCAAGGGAAAACACCCCGGUCGUUCAGAUUACUGCUUAG